AUGGCUGCAGAACCAUCUUUGUCGACGAAGUGCUUAGCAGAAUUUAUUGGAACAUUUCUGCUGGUCUUCACGGUGGAGUGCAAUGUCUCAGUCGGCAACCCGACUUUUGCAGGCUUGUCCAUCGGUAUGGUGCUUUUCGUAUCAAUUCAAGCCCUUGGAGGCAUCAGCGGAGGAAAUUUCAAUCCUGCGGUCUCGGUAUCGCUGGGAUGCUUGCAAGCAUUGAAGGGCCCCGGCAUGGACUGGAAACAGGUUGGCAUCUACAGCGGCGUCCAACUCCUGUCAGGUUUCACCGCCGCUCUGCUGGCCACCGCGAUUUUCGGACAUGGCGCACCGCUACAGCCGGCGAUGGGAUACAGCAUCUUCGCUGCUGGUAUGUGCGAACUUCUCUACACCUUCAUGCUCUGUUUUGUGGUGCUGAACGUCGCAGCCGCCAAGAAGAACAAGGAGGAGAAGGGCCAAUAUUUCGCCCUGGCCAUCGGUUUCUGCAUCGUCUCUGGCGCCUACGGCGCGGGCGCCAUCAGCGGUGGCGCCUUCAACCCGGCGGUGGCGGUGGGACUGGACCUGACCAGCAUUAACAAAGGCUUUGGCAACUGUUUCGUCUAUGUCCUCUUCCAGCUCCUGGGCGGCGGCUUGGCCGCGCUGGCCUUCAGCGUGGUGCGGCCAGCGGACUUGGGCAACAGCGAGAGCGGCGGCAAGCUGCGGGAGCAGCUGAGUAGUGAAUUCCUAGGGACCUUCAUCCUGGUGCUGACGGUGACGAUGAACAUCUUGGCCAGCAACCCGGAUGGCGCCCUGAGUAUCGCAUGCUCGCUGUCGGCCAUGAUCUAUGCCCUGGGGGAUGUAUCGGGCGGCCACUUCAACCCUGCGGUGAGUUGUGCUGUGUUUUGCUCCGGCCGCGACAGGGGCUUCACAGUGCGCAAGGCGCUUCUUUAUGCAUUGGUGCAGAUUAUUGGAGGCAGCGUGGGAACUUUGAUUGGCGUGGGUGUUGCAAGCAAAGCUUUGCCGCCUGUGGAACCCAAGGGGCCCUACCAUUUGACCUCAGCACUGCUAGUGGAGUUUAUCUUCACCUUCACAUUGGCCUAUGUGGUGUUAAGCGUGGCAGUGUCCGCGGUCACAAAGAGCUCUCACUUCUUUGGUUUGGCCAUCGGUUUCUGCGUCGUCGUGGGCGGCUUCGCGGCUGGCAACGUCUCAGGUGGCGCUCUGAACCCUGCGGUGAGCGCAGCACUGGCCCUGUCGGGCGGCGGCAUGGGCAAUGCCAUCGGCUAUGGCUUGGUGCAGUUGCUUGCAGGGAUGCUAGCUGCCACCACCUUCAAGGUGACACAUCCAGAGGAGUUGGAAUCUACAGAAGCCAAGAGCAUCACUGCGGACGCGUGA